AUGGAUACGACGACGGAGGAGCAAACCGCUACUUCCGUGACGACGAUAGAUCUGAAUUAUGAAUUCACGGCGCCUCAAUGGUACGAUUUCUUAAACGAAGAGACGGAGAGAGAUAAACAAAAAUCAGAGCUCUGGUUCGAAUCAGCGACGAGUUACGCCCCUUCACCUGAAUUGUAUUUAUGUUUGUUUUCGACAUUUCUUCUUUGUGCAGCUUCAAUUCCCAGAAUCAAAGCGAGGAGAUCAUCACCCAAGGUUGAGAGCAUUUGCAACUUCAGUGAAGAAGAAGAAGACAAACACUCGAAAGCUAAAGAAGAAGAACCAUCGGAACCACAAGCUGGAGAUACUUCUUCGUUCAAGAAAGAAGAAAGCACAUCUGAAGCAUCAAACAAGAACCAGAACAACAACACCACCAUAGAUAUUCAAGAAGACGACAGUUUCCUUCACGACGAUGUUACUGAGCAGACAGAUAACAAAGAGAACAUUCCUCCAUCACAGACUCAACUUUACACUCCAAAACCAUUAGUGACUAACAACACCAAGAAGAAUCAAACUGCUUCAAAGAAUCGAUCCGUGCUGAUGCCGAUAAAACAACAGUCACAGUCGUCACAAGCCAUAGACACUACUAAUCAGAAAACCAUAAAAAGGGAAACGAAUGUUAAAAACACAGCUGGAGCUUCCACUAUGGUUGAGGAAAAUCAAGCCAUCAAAAGGCAAAAGCUUGAUGGAGGUAAAUCCAGACAGAUUCUCAAUCCAAAAACGACAACUUUGCCUCACAAGACAAAACAGGGUCUUGUUAGCACGAGCUCCGGCUUAUGCCCUUCUGUCACUAAGCAAACCCGGACAGAGAAGAGAAAGGUUUAUGUCCGGGGGCAAAUUACUCCAUUUGUAUCAACUGCUGAAUUUAUGAAGAAGUUUGAAACAAGUACAAGGGAGCUGUCACAGAACCAAUCUAGGCCGAUGACACUGACAAGGCCCAAGGAGCCAGAGUUUGUGACAUCUCAACGAACUCGUCCUAUGAGACUUAAAAGCACUGCGGAGCUUGAGGAAGAGAUGUUGGCAAAGAUGCCAAAGUUUAAAGCACGACCUUUGAAUAAGAAGAUUUUAGCAGCUCCAGAUUUGCCUAAACCACAAAGAAGUACACCGCAUCCUCCAGAGUUUCAGGAGUUCCAUCUAGAAACAAUGGCUCGAGCUAGCCAGCAUGCAGAGACAUCUUCAGUAGCCUCGACGGAAAUGUCUAAGAAAAAUGAUUGGAUGCCUCAUCUCACCCAACCAAAGAGUCCUUUGCUUCAAACAAUGCUGAGAGCUCGCCCAGUUAAAGCAAAAACUUCAGAUGAAAUCGAGCAAGAGGAACUCGAGAAGGUGCCAAAAUUCAGAGCAAGACCCUUGAACAAAAAGAUAUUCGAAAGUAAAGGAGAGAUGGGAAUGUUUUGCAGCACAAAAAAACAUAAAACUAUACCUCAAGCGUUCCAUUUCGUGACAGAUGAGAGGUUUUCACGGCCUAAUUCAGUUACAGACCUAUUCGACAAGCUCUCUUUGAACUCAGAGUCUUGCCGUGAAAAGCCUCUACAAAGGAACACCACACCAAACCCUUUCCUUCUAAGGACAGAAGAACGUGGUGCUGAAAAACAGAAGAAGUUUGUGAGAAACGUCAUGCAUAAUCAGAUAGAGGCUGAAAAAGUCAGAACUCCCAAAGCAACUCCAUAUCCCUACACAACCGACUAUCCAGUGUUCCCACCAAAACCAGAGCCUAAGCAAUGCACAAAACCAGAACCGUUCCAGUUAGAGAGUCUAGCUAGGCACGAAGAAGAAAUGCGGAAAGAAAUGGAAGAGAGGAUGAGAAUGGAGAGAGAAGAAGCCCAAAGACGAGUCUUCAGAGCACAGCCAGUGAUCAAAGAAGAUCCAAUUCCUGUUCCGGAGAAAGUUCGAAAGCCUCUCACGGAGAUUCAAGAGUUCAAUCUCCAUGUAGACCAUAGGGCUGUCGAAAGAGCAGACUUUGACCACAAAAUCAAAGAGAAGGAGAUGAUGUACAAGAGAUACCGUGAAGAGACUGAAGCCGCGAAAAUGGUAGAGGAAGAGAGAGCUCUGAAACAAAUGAGAAGGACAAUGGUUCCUCACGCCAGAGCAGUGCCAAACUUCAACAACCCUUUUUUACCUCAGAGGUCGAACAAGGAGACGACGAAACCAAAGUCACCGAAGCUUAGAGUGAUCAGAAGAAUCGAGACGAGAACAUUGAUGGCUUCUUCUACUCAGAUGAGAUAG